AUGAUCAUUCUGAUUGUGGUGCUACUGCUUUUUGCUGGGGUGGUGGCAGGAUUUGUUAGCAAAUUUCGGAUAAUUGACCGAUUACCCGCAAAGAAAGACCAUCUCGAAAACGAAGAUGGGGAAGGAGACGGUGUCGAGGUUGUCGUUCAAAAAUCUGGAAUUGAUAGCCGUCUCAAGCUAGCGCUGCCUGAUCUCUCCUUGAUUCAUAGUGGCUCUCCUAUUGGCCCCAUAAAGUCCUCAAUUCGCUGUGCUCUGAAGGAACUUCGCUCCCGGCAGAUGGUUCAAAGUCUCUGCAGCAGAUUUGAAUCGCGCUUGAUGAAACCUAAGAAUCGUGACGCUAGUAUUGAGGACCUGGCACGAAAAUCGACAGCUGCGUCGACGCCACCGACAAAAGCAUGUCGAAGGGGUGAACGAACUGCAUCUGUUGUCCCCGUUUCACUAGCAAAUAAAGUUAGUGAAGCGGAGAUUAUUGCAGAUCGAGGUCUAUUCGCAAAAUCUAGCUCAAGUCUAUUUGGAAAAACUACACACUCGGAUGCAGACAUCGAUGAUAGGCAGCCUCUGCUUGCUCCGAACGAACAGAUGGCGAAUGCUGACGAUUUCACGUCAACAAAUAGUAAGGCAUUAACCUACACUGAAAUCAAUUUAGAACUGGAUUUACAUACAUGCUCACUGCAACCAGAAGCAGAAGUCUCAAAUCAAUGCGACUCGUCUCUCAUUUCUACAAGGAAUAAGAGAUUUUUAGGUCGGCUCGAUGCGACAACAUCCCGCAAGCCGUUCAUCAAAUCCAGCAAACGCGGGACUGCACGCAAUUCAAAAGCAUUUUCCCUCAAAUUAUACAAUUUUGACGAUGUGUCGAAUCAGUCAGCCACAGACAACAACGAAAUGAAACCUGAAAUUUGCUCCGACUAUUCAGAAAAAAAUGCCCUCGCUCGCUUUAGGCAGAACGUUCCGUCGAACGGUCGUCGUGCGCGUAGUCUUGCACCUCUAAGCUAUAAGCUAUAA